CAAUAAACCAUAAACUUCUUAAAAGUUUACUCGAAAUAAGGAGCGGUCUCUGGAAUGCCGUGUAGUGGAACAGAUAAUAAUUGCACAAAAUUCCUGGCAAUAAAAAUGCAGGAAUUUAAGAUUAUUAAUUUCUAAAAAUAUGAAAGAAACUUAUUUGGAACUACAAAUAAAACCAUAUUCAAAAGUAGAACACAGCUGUUCCAGAUCGUUCGUAAAGUCCCUCUACCGAUUAAACUCGAAAAUUGACGAUCUUUUCAGGCCCUUACCGACGAGCCGGAAGAUUUAUAUUGUACUUAUGGCAGUGGAGCUAUGCGAUUUUAUGUACUUCUAUGUUUUUCAUCAAAUUUUGACUAACACACUAUAAAAAUUUCAUUAUUAUUUAAUCUGAUUUAAGACGCAUUUUAAUUUUUAUUAAUAUUUCAGGAAUUUUUCUUGGGAUUAAACAAGUUUUAGUUGUUAAGAAAUAUAUAUAUGUUCUCGAAACGUUCUUUGUGAUGAUUGGUCGUUUGUGAUUAGAACGGAAGCUUUAUUGAAAAUUUAAUUAGAGAACUUAAGAACUACACUUAAGUCAAAGUCUAGUUGAUCAAGAUGCUUUUGAAGUUUAGUCCCCUCAUCUUAUUAAUUGCUGUAAUUGUGGCUGAAGGUGACCUUCAUGAUGUUGAUGAUAUGCCAGAUAUUGGAGAGGAAGUUAUUGAUGCCGUUGAAACUGAAAAAGAACCUGAAGUUGAGAUAGAAGAGAUACCUUAUGUAACACCUCAUCCCAUUGGUAAUGCCUAUAUAGCUGAACAUUUUGAUCACCGUGAAGACUAUGAUAAAAAAUGGAUUCAGUCAGAAGCAAAAAAAGAUGGAGUUGAAGCAGGAAUAGCCAAAUAUGAUGGCAAAUGGUCUGUGGAAGAAGCUGAGAAAAAUGGUCUUAAUGGAGAUUUUGGUCUUGUGCUAAAGUCAAAAGCACGCCAUCAUGCCAUUUCAUCUAGGUUGGAGAAACCAUUUCUAUUUGAUAACAAGCCUUUUAUCUUGCAGUAUGAAGUACGAUUUCAGAAUGGGCAAGAAUGUGGUGGUGCUUAUUUGAAACUCUUAUCUCAAGAUCCUAACAUGGAUUUGCGUAAAUUUCAUGAUAAGACCCCUUAUACACUCAUGUUUGGUCCUGACAAGUGUGGAAAUGAUCAUAAGUUGCAUUUUAUUUUUCGACACCGUAAUCCUAAAAAUGGAAGCUUUGAAGAGAAGCACUGGAAACGUACCGCAAAUGUUCCGAAAUUAGAUGAUGUUUUUAAGGAUAAGAAACCUCAUUUGUUUACAUUGAUUAUCAAUCCUGACAGUAAGUUUGAAGUUCUUGUAGACAAGCAAAGUAUUCAAAAAGGAAGUCUACUUGAAGACUUUAACCCCCCUGUAAACCCUGAAGCUGAAAUUGAUGAUCCGAAUGAUUCAAAACCAUCUGACUGGGAUGAACGAGAAAA